AUGCCUGGAACGGAGCCCCAUUUUUUCGAGUACAUCGUGGUUGGAUGCGGUGGAAUCGGUAGCGCCGCUGUAUAUUGGUUGUCAAAAAGAGCCAGCCGAGGUGUUCUUGGACUGGAACAAUUUCAACUAGGACAUAGUAAUGGCGGAUCAGAGGACCACUCACGAAUAAUACGUCUGCUGUACCAUGAUGAGUGUUACACAAAGUUGGCACCGCAUGCGUUCACGGCGUAUGACGAGGUUGAAAAAGAGUCUGGCAUAAAAUUAGUAUAUAAAUGCGGAGGACUGAAGUUUGCUAGAAACGACGAACCUGAAGGGAAACAUCUACUUGAACAUCAUGCCAAGUCAAUGGAUGAGCAGAAUAUUCCGUAUGAACUUCUGAAUGGAAACGAAAUUCGUAAACGUUUUCCACAGUUUCAAACUGAUCCACAUGUAAUUGGUAUGUAUGACAAGAACUCUGGUCUGGUAGAUGCUGCCAUGGCUAACGCUACUCAUAUACAAUUAGCUAGAAAACAUGGCGCGACGAUUCGGGAAAACUGUAAAGUUCUGAAGUUGGAGAAAGAUAAAGAUGGUGUGUACACCAAUCAAGGCGUGUUUCGUUGUCGUCGGAUCAUCGUCACAGCUGGAGCAUGGUCCAAUCACGUACUGGGUUCUGUUGGUGUACACGUCCCUCUAACUGUUACUCAGGAACAAGUCACAUAUCUUGCUACACCAAACAUGAAAGAAUUUACAAAGGAGAAUUUUCCAGUGUGGAUGUAUCAUGAUAUCAAAUAUAAUAUUUAUGGCUUUCCAAUACAUGGAAAUACCGGAACAAAGAUCGGAAUAGAUGCUUGUGAUGAAAUCGUUACCCCGGAAACCAGGACAUUUGAACCUGAUCCAGUCAAAGAGCAAAUAUGUAUCAAGUUCUUCGAGAGAUAUUUGCCAAAGGCUAUUGGUCCAAAACUUUAUACUAAGACGUGUCUGUAUACAAUUCCACCGGAUAGGAAUUUUGUCAUUGAUUCUCUGUCAAAGCAAGAUUUACCUCAGGUUAUUGUUUGCAUCGGUGCUGGGCAUGCGUACAAAUUCUCGUGUUUGUUUGGGAAGUUAUUAAGUGAAAUGGCAAUCGAUGGAAAAACUCGGUAUCCGAUUGAGAAGUUCAGUAUAGACAGGAAAGCUCUCACCGAUCCAAGUUAUGAAGCUGACUUUCACCAUAGUCAGUAUAGAACAAAGACGGCCAAGUUGUAA